AUGACAGCUUCCAUCCUAAUGACCGCCAUAAGCGGCGGAGCCACGGGCGGCGGAGGCAGCUGCUAUCCGCCCGACGGACUUCCCAGCGUCCUCGACGCGUGCCGAACCAAGCUCGAGGCUCCAAAAGACAAAUUUAUGAAUGCACCGCCUCCUCAAGAAGGCCCCCUGUACCUUCGUAUGCUGUGCUUGUCCGGUACAGACCUCGCAGCAGGAGACAUAACGGGCUCAUCAGAUCCAUACGUCGAUGUUCGGUUUGGCGGCCAAGUUUUCUGUUCGCCUCCCCAGAUGGCCACACUCAACCCUGUGUGGGAUUAUCUGAUUGAAACAGAAGUUAAGGAACCAGGAGUCAUCAGGAUCACCGUUUACGACCAAGACUGGGGUCGGCAAGGGGAUAAACUCGGCGAGUGUGAAAUUCAGAUCCCGAAGACACCCAUGAAGAUCAAGAAAGAAACGCUACGUCUUCGACACGUCCCCUCAUCAUUCCUCAAAAAAGCUCCGAAUAGUCGCAUCACUGUGCUUUACCACAUUGUGGACAGAUUAGAAGAUCAACCAGAUCUACUAGAAUUGUCGAAGCAAAUAGGCGAAAGUGGAGGAGAGGCUGCUACUCCUCAGGAUUACACUGUCCGCGUUAAUGUUCUCGAGUCCGAUCAUUCUUCGGUGCCGGCAGAUACGCUGUCGGCUAUCCGCGUAUCUUCGAGUGACAAGUCGCAAGUAACGGGCCUGGGGCGCCCAGAAGGAUUUCGAUUUGCAUACGGACCGAGAGGUGUGGAAGACGAACUGGACGCGUCUAAAUCGCUCUAUCUCGGCCGGCCCACGAGGGAUGAGCGCAGUGUGCCCAAGACGAGUGUUAGAGUAAAUAUCCAGGACCCUGCUGGCGAGGCCAUAGGCCAGGAGAGAAGUAUCUUUGAAAAUGUUCCUUUUGGCACGGGGAAUGACGGGGGAAAACUAGAGGGACUGGACGGCAAAGAAGAGGGGGAAAGACUUGCCCAGGCGGGUGCAAGCUCUGCGACCGAAGUUGCCACGCCGACUGCGGUGGCGAGAAAGAAAUCAGAGGAGAACAACCCAAGGACGAAGGGGACUUGUAAGAAAAGGGCGGAGAAGCACACGGGAGCAUACUUUCACGCUAUUUCCACCCAGGAGAAUACGGCGCCUCAACGUACAACCAACAAAGUGUACGUGGGCGAUCUGGCUCUUCGACAGAGAGACAAGAAGAGGCGUCGAGCACAUGCCGGUCAACCAGAGUCGCAUUUCCUUCCUUUUGGAGUGUGGGAGUUCCCUCUCGACGAGAUUCGGGAUUUCUGCGUGGAGACGAAAGUGUGCGCAUGGGCUGCUAGAGCGAUACUCGUCAGUGCCUCCGGGAUGGCGGUCGGUGAGGUUCUCCUACAUGUCGAUAUCUUUACGGCGAAGGAAACGCCAAGGGAGCUCGUCGAUCUCUACCAUUUCCCGCCCCCUAUACAGCGAGGCCUAGCUGUGAAGCCGCCGAAAUUUCCAAAGAAGACACUUGGACUGUCAACAUCGCGAGCUCGAGAUAGCGCGGCCCAAGCCCAGGAGGCAGCCAACGAAACCGAGUCUGCACCAACGAAAGAGGAGGGAAAGAUCAAAGAGAAAGCUCAUGCGCCUGUUCGAAGACCGAAAGAACGAGACGGCACCUAUUACGUCUACAUCUACGGCGAUUUCUUUCCAAAGACAGACAAGAACUACAACAGUUGCCAGUGGGAUAACUCCGACCCCUUCGUCACAGUGUCUUCCCCAAACUGUACAGCCACGACGAAUUCAUGGAAUACCACGGUCAAGAGUAACCAACAGAGAGAGUGCGUUUGGGAUCCCGUGCCCAUCCAAAUGCCCAAGAAUCCCCGCAAGCAGAAGCUCAUCCUUGACGUGUAUGACUCGGAUUCGCCUCUCCUGUUUGGAAACAGUUUGUUGAAGGAGCAAGUGGGAAGUGCACGCUUGCUCCGCAUCCAUCUGGGUCGCCCCAGGUGGGUGCACAUGUACGGAGGCAGCUUUGAGGGAGCACGAGGCGAAUUCAACUCAAUGAUGCUUAAAGGGGGUCUGGAUCCAGCUUCAACGUACCAUGGCUCUCUGUGCGUCCUCGUGGACAACAAGAGAAUGAGACGGCAAGACUGGCCUCCCUUCCCUGACAAAGUCGGCCUUCCAGUCCGCAUCGAAGUCCAACUAGCCAGAGGUCUCUACUUUCCCAACAUGUACAGGGAGAGAGAAGUGAGCCUUCUUGUUCAGGUGGCUGGGUGUCUCCUGGAGCUGCCAGACGAUGCAGACCGAGACAAGCGGAAGAAGACAGGAUUCUUGGGGCUACAUGCGACUCGAAUGCGGACGCUCACGCGAGACAUCGAGGGCAUACGGAGCAGCCGCGCUAUGGAGGACAUCCCUGACGCAAAUUUCGAUCUCCUGGAGUUUCCAGGCUACGUCGAUUCACGUGGGGUGCUCCGCCUCUACAACUGGAGCAGAUCGCGAGCUGAAAUGAAAGACUGCACAGUGGCGGCGUACCGAAAAGGUAUUGCGGGCGGCGGUGGCCACUCAGACACCGUUCCCAGGGAUGCAUUGCAGGGCGGGACUCCUCGUAAUCAAAAUGUACCCCUUGGCUCUCGACUGGAAGAAGACAUUGACUACCCCGAAUCACUCCUCAAUGCAUGGGUCAAGCGCAUUUCCGAUCCCGUCUAUCUCCUCCCGAAGGUCCAGUGGGUCUACCUCUACAUUGUGGCGGUGGGAGAGGAAGAGCAGCCGCCUCGACUCUUUUGCCGCCUCCCUCUCCAGGGCUCGCCACAGGUCAAACACUUUCUCGAGGGCAACUCCCGCACGCCCGCAGACGAUGGAAAGUGGCCUCCCCCCGAAGCGCUUUUGAAGGCCAAGAAAAGAGCCGUGGCAGGAGCCGGCUUCGGCAACGACAACAUCAGCACGGGAUUAGAUGCGCCCGCAGGACACGAACCGGCAGGGGAGCCUAUCCCUCCUCAUCCUGCGAUUCUCCUUAGGGAGAAGGGGACGGGUGCCCUAAGAGGUGAAAGCAGCACAAUCCGUGAGGUUGAGAGCCUGGCAAUUCACGCAAAGAGCCCGGAAAAAAUGAAGUGGACACAGGUUCACUGGGACCAAUCAGUCACCGCUCUCCGGCCCUCUAGGUUUCCGUCGACUUUCGCUGGAUGCCUUCUUGGCCAGGCUCGCGCGAUCAUUACUGAGGAUCCUGCCCAGUGUGCCCCUCUCGGUAAAACCGCCGCAGCUUCGAGAGCUCAGUCGAUAGGGCCAACUCUGAGAGAAAGCGCACACGAGGUGGUGGUGUGCGACGAGUGGGAAUUGGAAAAUGUGCCUCGGCCCGAAGAGCGGCCCGUCAUGUGCGGCGUAGAGCGCGUAACGCGCCGGCAAGGGCACGUUGGUUGGCGAGUAGAAUACGAGUCUCUUCUCACUCACGCGCUCGCCGACUUCGUUUCUUCGCCUGCCGCAGUGAACGCUGUCUCCCCUUUCUACCGCGAGGUGUACUUCCACUCCGAUAUGCUGCAAGCGCGAAAUCUCCCCGCAUUAGAUCCCGAUGCUUCCGUUAACCCAUGGUGGACAAUUGAAGUUGAGACUGAGAUCGUGAAGCUGGUCCCAGAGCGACACAUUGAUAAAGAUUUGAAGAUUCUGGGGAGCACAGCGAACCCUUCUUUCCUGGCACGGACGGUCGUCCCCGUCUUCCUCUAUACGGCUCCAUGGGUAACCUCGAAGGCCCUGGGGCAAGAUGACGGCGAGGAGACACCAGGCGCGGUUCGAGCGGCGGGGACCGGAUCCUCUGGGGCUCAGAGAGGUGCAGACACCUCUGUCUCGCUCGGCAGUGCCGUCCCCAGUACAGAGCGAGGUCUGGCGGGCUCGAUGCCGAACUUUGGCGACCUCCUGCUCCCUCCCCCACCGAUUGUCGUGCGGCUGUUCGACAUCGAUGUCCUUGAAAGUGGAGAACUGGAGAAGGAACUGAUCAGCAUCGUCGUGGACUGGGACCCAGCGAACUUGGAUGAAAGGCAGCGAAUCGUCGGGGACCUGCUGAGGAGCCAGGAACCCGGACACCGGACUCUGCGGCAGCGCCCCAGCGAGAGGCGAGGCGACGGGCUCGAGGACGGGGGCGAGAACACCAGCCACUCGGCAGGCGCACAGAGAGAGGCCAACGCAGGGAGGGAGGUGGACAGCAAGACGGACCCGAACUUUGCUAACGAAGCCAUUUGGUACUCUCUUCAAGACAAUGAGCAGUUGCCCUUUGAUGUCCUCGAACGCUCUGUCACGCUCAGCAACGCGUGGCGAACGAAACCCCGGUUGUUGGCGUCCGUCGGAUUCUCGGCGAGUGCAUGCAGUCCCCUGGCAGAGCAGUUGACAGCCCAAGCCGAACACCGCUGGCUGGCCGCCCGCCAUGAGAUGUUGGAAACUGACCCGCGCACCCAGAGAGGACCCCGACGAGCCGCGGCUCUGAUCCGACAGCCUGAGUGGGCGGUGUACAAACUGAGUGAUCCCGAGGUGGUCACCAAGGACAAAACGAUUAAGCUCUUGUACUACGAGAUUGACGUCGACUUGCUGGGGAUCCGCGUUCUCGAGGCGGGCGGCCUCGAGCCAUCGACGGACUACGUUUUGAAGGUUUCGUCCUUCUGGCCGGAAGACCCAGAGAAGCCUCUCGAGUUUUUGUUGUCGGCUGGGGACUUUCCGGGGCCCAACAUUGUCUGCCAGUACACGGACCGGCCCCUGAAGCAGAAGCUCCGGCGAAAAGCAGUGGAGAUUCCUGACUCGACGAAAUUCGAGAAAUCCAGCCAGGUGGUGCUGCCGUUACGAAGCAGUGCAGGAGCCUCGCCUGUUCCGGGGCAAUGGGUUGGCGCCCGCAUUUCUCCUCCGCUCUUCGUCACUCCCUACCUUCCCUACCUUCAGGCUCUUUUGCCAAAGAAACAACGCGCAGAGGCGCAGGAUGCACCGCGACCGUCUCAAGAUGAACAGAACGCGAUGCCUCACUUUCACAACGCGCUCGCAAACGUGCGCUCCGUUCUCCCCGAUAUAAACUUCCGACUCGUGAGCCGAGAAGGAGACGACGUGGCAUCUCUCGGCAUUUCUGUCAAUGAAUAUCUCAACUUCCCUCAAGGCGAUACCGCCUUACAGCUGCAAAUUCUCUCGCCGCAACUCGCCAAGCUGCCCCCACCCAAGGUGGACAGAGAUAUCAUGACACACUACAUCUUCCCUGAGUUGCCCUGUACUACCGCCGCCAAUGUAGAUAUCCUCAUUGAGUGCUUUGCCGAGGCAACUGGAGACCUCCUGUACGACGAUGACCUGCUGGUGGGGCGCAUGCUGACCGACCAUGACGUGUUCUUCAUUCGUGACCCAGAUGAAGAAGGAAUCAUCAUUCACACUUUCAAUGCCGACGAUUACUUCGUUGGUUAUCCGGACAAAAGCAACACCCCGUUCGAGGACCCGGUUCUCAAGGUCGCAGAUCUCACAGACCCUGGUCCAGCAGCUGGCGAGUACCUCGACAUGAUGAGUGUUUUGAAGGGACAAAAGGAAGAAGGAAAGAGGUUCCCCGGUGCAUCCACACAUAAUAUGGCGAUCGAGAAGCAACGUGUUACACCACCAGAAUCUUCAAAGCCUGAAAGCGCAGCAGACGAGAACAGAGUGCGGGCAGCAUUGAGGACGUGGAUCAGAAAGGUGGGCCACCGGUCCAACCCGGCGCAGAUCGGAACUUGUCUCUUGGCGAGGUUGCAGAUGAUGAGAACCGAAUACCACACAGACCCUCUGAGAAAGCUUCACCGCGGCACUGGCGCCCUUCCGCGGAAUUCCUCAUUUGAUCGAGAGCUGACGGGAACUUACAAUAUGGUGAAUAUCUACACCAAACACGAAGGCGUGGUGGUGUGGGCGCACGACCAGAGCGAAGAGGGAUCGAACGCGAAGCUUUUCCGCCGCGCUGGCGAGCUUCUUCUCAUUUUCCAGAGUCUUCACGACAGACGGUUCCACCGCAUUUCGGUACCGAGUUUCGAUAUCAGAUAUCCGGUAGAGAAUGGCUUCUUCAUUCUCGACUCGAUCACUGAAAGCUUUGAGGACGUCACGAAAAUGGCUAGAGACUGCCAGUCGAAUCCCACUCGACGGAUAAAUCUCGCUUUUCCUCUGUUUUCCGUGUUUUUUGCGUCUCGUACUUUGAGGGCGCUGGAACAGAAGCUGUCCCGGAAGGUGGCGCAGAUGAAGCUGUUGAAGCGCCAUUCUUCGAGCGGUGACGAUGAGGAGGAGACGGCGUUGAACGUGGAGAUUCAAGAGCUACAGCAUUCCAUCGACAAACUGGAGCCCUCGGCUGGUGGCUACCUUAAGACUGCGAGCCGCAAAGCUGGUUUCUCCCCACCUCUCUCAGUGCGAAGGGGCCAGCUCGUCUGCCGCAUGAAGAAAAUCGGGACGAUGUUUGAUCGAAGUCAAACAAGAAUUUGGUACGAGUCGUUCGACCUGUUGCCGCCGAGUAAUCUCUCCGGCUACCUUCGGUGGGGAGAGGAGGAGAAGAAGAUCGCUCAGUUGAAGGGCUGGGUGAAGGUGACAAACGUGACGGAGCCGGAGGCGCUGGCGAGGCAGAAGACCGAUGGAGUCCGUACGGGGUCGAGCGUGUGGCUGCGAGGAAGCUUGCGUCGACCGGAGUUGGAGCGUGGAACGCCCACGCAUUCGCUCGCUUCUGCUCCACAACUCAUCGGCGGCUCCGAGGGGCUCGAUGCCAGGAGCAGCGGCGCCUUGUCACUGGGAAGAGAGGAGAACGUGAGACACGACAGAGAACGCAGUGGAAGAAGUGGAGAGCGGAACGACGUGGAUUCGAGCAACAAAGACGCCCGAAGCACCAAGACACGCGGGACCUUCCCCGCUGACAGGGAAAGCGAUGCAGACAGCACAUCUACAAAAUCGUCGUGGAAUGCGGCCAACAUCAAGGCACCAGUGGUGACCCUAGCUCCGCCGAUGCAGAGAUGGGUGGUCCAAACUGUGGUGGUCCACGCCUAUAUUUUGACAGGGCGAAACUUGCUGAACGUCGACUGGUGGGGCAAAAGUGACCCAUACCUAAAGCUGAGCAUCGGCGACCAAACGGUAACCUCCGACAAAGUCUUCGACAACAACGACUGUCCGGAUUUCUACGAGCACUUUGUCUUUACUGUCCUCAUUCCGGGAGCUGCAAAGCUGAAGAUCGCCGUGAUGGACAAGGGCGAUAUGCUCGCGGCUGAUUCAGCCAUUGGCGAAGCAGUGAUCGACCUAGAAGAAAGGCCACUCAUCUCCAAAGACAAAGAAAUGUUUCUCCCCCCCCUUCUAGCCUUUCCUCUCGAGUAUGUUACUCUUCAAAAGAGCCAAGAGGAGAACGACUUUGGCGUAUCUUGCGGGACUCUACGGUUUAUGGUUGACCUGGUCGUCGACGGAGCUCCAUACGAGCCGCUCGUUAUCAACAACUUGGGGACGACGUACGAAUUUGAGCUGCGCGUUGUCAUAUGGAACGUCACAGACAUUGCUGUCUUUAAGGGUGCUUCAGGCGAGCGCAAUGAUUUGAAGGUCCGGAUGGAGCUGUUUUUGACUGGCAUCGACUUGCAAGAUACUUACGAAGUUUACCACACUGAUGUGCAUCUCUUCGCGAGGACAACGGCCACGUAUAAUUGGCGCAUCGUUAAAAAACUAAAUCUUCCGGCGGCUGCACUCAGUCUUAAGUUCGCCCUCAUCGACAACAAUGCAGUUUACGACGACGACACACUCUACGCGCCAGAGUGUCUCAGUCUGGAUGCUUUGACCCACACAACCAUGACGAGGCUUCGAACAGACGCGGGCCUUCCGGACCCACUGGAUUAUACCAUCGUCUUCGAUGAGCCUAUGGGCCACGGCAUGGUUGAGAUGUGGUGUCAGUCCUACUGGUGCGCACCCCUCGAAGCGAUGGGUUGCCCAACUGCAGUCACUAGCUGCUGCAACAGGAGAGACAUGGACGACGACUUUUUCGGCUCAGCGCCUCAACCGGCGCCUUGCUCAAGCUGGCUCAAGAUAUUCUGCUGUGGACGGACAGGAUACCUGAGACGUGUCCGCAGGACAACAACCACGCCAGCGCGCCUGCACUGCACAGUCUCCCUGGUCCCGCACGAUGUGGCGGAGGCCCGUCCGGCGGGGCAAGGUCGCUCAGCUCCCGACGCGCUUCCAGAGCCAACAGAUCGCCCGUCUCCCAAUCUCAUGUUUACAGAUCCAGUGGCCUACCUUUACCUGGUCGUAGGGCAGCAGACGUGCGCCCUCAUUAAAGCUUCAGGCGCUUGCGUCUGUGGAGUUUUCGUUUUGGGCAUCAUUGCAUUCGUUAUUGCUGUGAUCGUCAUCGCGGCACGCAUGCCAUGA